CAUUCAUAGAAAGGCUUCUCUUGUAAGUUAUUUGUAAUUUUCUUUGUACUCAAAGCGGGCAGAGUAAAGUGCUGAAGAAUUUGCAGGUUUAAAGAAAGAGGGAGACAGCGGAAAGAGAGAAAUGGCGACUCAAAAGUUUCUCGUUCGUCACAAGGACUCGACCUACGAAGUCGAUUACAAUGCAGAAACUGGUCUCGAGGUCCUGAGGUGUCAGCUCUACUCCCUGACUUUGGUGCCCCCUAAAAGCCAGAAUAUAUAUCGAAAGGAUAAUUUUCCAGUUAAGGAUGAUAGUGAUCUUUUGGCGGACUCUGGUUCUUCCGUCGAAGAGCUUCGUGUGGUUUCAAUGGAGGAGGACGUGGCUUCUGCUUCAACUAUGGAGACGUCUGAUAAAGAAUUGGCUCGUUUGUUACAGGAGUAUUAUGCCAGCCCCGGUAAAAAAGAAUUUGAGAAGAGGAUUCAAUCACAUAUUCGCGGAGUUCUUAUGUAUGAAGAUGCAGUCCUCCAGGAGGAGGCACGGAAAACAGUUCCUGUUGAUGAACUUGAGGAAAAAGCUUUGAUAUCAUUGGCCAAGGAAGGGAACUUCAUACCUUCAAAAGCUGAGCAAGAUCAUGCCUUCUUGCUGCAGUUGUUAUUCUGGUUUAAAAAAUCUUUCAGGUGGGUUAAUUCUCCACCAUGUGAUGCUUGUGGACGUGAGACUAGUUUCAUUAAUAGGGGUACUGCUUCUGCUUCUGAACUUGAGUAUGGCGCAUCCAACGUUGAACUUUUCGGAUGCAACUCUUGCUCAAGAAUUACUCGCUUUCCUCGUUACAAUGAUCCAAGGAAGCUUUUAGAAACAAGAAGAGGACGUUGUGGAGAGUGGGCAAAUUGCUUUACUCUAUAUUGUAGAGCUUUUGGUUUUAAAUCUCGUCUGAUUCUAGAUUUUUCGGAUCAUGUAUGGACGGAAUGCUUUUCUGAUUGCAUUGGAAGAUGGAUGCAUCUUGAUCCUUGUGAAGGUGUAUAUGAUAAUCCAUUAUUAUAUGAAAAGGGCUGGAAAAAGAAGCUCAGUUAUAUAAUUGGUAUAGCAAAAGAUGGAGUGUGUGAUGUCACAAAACGUUAUACAAGAAAAUGGCCUGAGGUCCUAUCUAGACGGGUUUUGACUUCCGAGGAUGAUGUAUCUGCAGUUCUUGCAGAUAUUACAAGGGAAUGCCGUAGAGGUCUUUCUUCUCAAGAAUGUGCCAUUCUUGGAGAUUGUGACAAAAAGGCAGCUGAAGAAUUGGGAAAAGGACAUGAUUCUAAUGAUGAUGAUUCAAUAGCUUUGCCAGGACGGCAAAGUGGAGACAAGGAGUGGCGUUUGGCGAGAUCAGAAAUUGGGCCUGAAGAGAAUAGUUCUCUAAGUUGUUUUUCUUGUCCAAUACGUACAUGCAUAGAUGACCAUGUCAAAAGCAUUUACAAUGCACUGUUUCUUUUGUUGUGUUCCUUUGCCCAUGAAAGGGUCAGCAGAGAAAAAACCCUUGAAAAUAUACAGAUGCUAAAAUCCUUACUAGUAGAUCUUAGAAACUCCCCUUUUAGAAGGCGGAGAGCACUAGUAAACCCAUGGUUCUUGUUCUUUACUGAGUCUAAAAUGUUGUCUUCAGUUGAUGGGUUCCUCUCUGCACUCUCCUUGAAGAAGGAUUUAGAGGGAGAUGGAAGUUUAUCUGUAUGCUUGUCUGGAAAUCCCAUCAAAGUUUCUAUGGCAUUGCCAGUGGCCUUGGAUGCUCUUGAUGAAUUAAUGUAUAACCUGGAAAAUGUGAAAAGGUUUGGAAUGGAACCUCUUUCUCUACCAGUUGUCAAGUUCAACAGAUUAUGUUCCGGCUCUGUCCAGGCCAGUGGUGAGGAGCUUCCUGUUGGAAUUGUGACUUCUGCAUUUGACGGUCUUCGUUUGUCCAAAUGGGAAGAACCCAAUGGUGCAAGAGGUGCAUGGAUUGUAUAUAAGUUGUUGGAUGGCGAAAUGCAAGAGCUUGUCGCAUAUGAGUUGAUGUCUGCUGAUGAUGCUCCAGAGAGGGAUCCAAAAGACUGGAUUGUUGAGGGAAGUGAUGAUGGUGGCUGCACUUGGGUUGUUUUGGACACUCAACAUUCACAGUUUUUUGACAGUCGUUUUAUGCGCAAAACAUAUAGGGUUGAACUUGAGAGGAGAAUGUCCAAUGCAUUCAGGUUUCGCUUUCUUUCAGUUAGAGAUGAUAAAGCCACAAGCCGACUUCAGAUAGGUGGCAUUGACCUUUAUGCGAAAGGCCUCGUCUAGGAUGUGGUUUAUUGGUUUACUUUCUCUUCUCAUUCAUAAAAAUCAAUGUGCAUCUUGUAAUCAUUGCAUUGAGACUACAACGUAAAUAUUAACAUUAUGCUUUUCUGUACUGCCUAUUUAUUGGGCUCUUUAUUCCUUUCCCUUAUUAUUGUCAGUGGAAGUGGCGUAGGUUUUAUCCACUUCAAUGAAUUAGUUAAUGUUCUGUUUCUUUCGUGUUGUGCUUGUGCGGCCUUCAAUUUCUUGAACAUUGAGCUUCUUGAAUUAAAAAGUUUUUUUGGUAUCGCA